AUGUUCAGCUGUCACCUCCCCCCAAUCGUGCUCCAAACCUGCGAUCGGCAGGAUCAGUCUCGUACACAACGACAGAAGCAGCCUUACGUCAUCAUGGACUUCCUUAGCCGUGCUACAGCCAGUAGCGAUCACCAUGGCCAGGAAGGGAUUCCCGAGGAGCCAGACUACGCUAUCCGUUGCUACGCAACCAAGCACUCUUGGAGAGGACGGUACAAGCGGCUCUUCUGUGUGUCAUCCUCCGCUAUAAUCACCCUCGAUCCUCAGUCGCUCUCGUCUACAAACCACUACACCCUCGCGACGGAUUAUGAGGGGCUUGUGGUGGCUCCUCCGCUUGGAGGGAAGGAAGACGGACAGCUGGAAUUCACAAUCAAUGUUCGCACAGAUGGCCGUGGCAAGUACAAGCCCAUCAAGUUCUCUGCACGGCACUGUGCAUCACUGCUGACGGAGCUGCACAGGGUGGUGGCAGCACUGCAUCCGCACCCCCCUCGCCCCCUCACCACGCCCUCCACUGUCUUCCCUGUUCUCUGCCUCCGCCGCCGCUCCCAAACCUGGGUCCCUAGGGCCAUGCGCAUAUCAGCAGUGGGAAUUGAGGUGAUCCAAGCACCCGUGGAAGCCGUAUCAGCUGCUUCCACGCCCACAUCCUCCUCCUCCUCCUCCUCUCUGGCCUCCAUAGCAGCAGCAGUGCGCUGGAGUGUGGAGUUUCAGGGACUCUCCUCUCCAGCUGUCACUGUUCUCGCCAGCCCAGAGGAGGCAGCAUCUGGUGCAGGUGCUUCCAGUGGAGGCUCAUCUGGAGGGUUCUUUGGUGUGCGGAGAGGCGUGGCGGGGAGGGAGGACGGGGGGUUUAUUCUGCGGCUGGGGUUUGGGAGGCGGGCCAAGGCGAUCAUGGCUACUGGCGGGUGCUCCAACUCGGCCAUCCUCUCAAAGAUUGUUGACACAGCAAAGGGCUCCAUAGGGCGGGCGCUCACAGUGGAUACCACCUCUCGCCCAAGCGUCUCAGACUUUAUUUCACAGACUGCUGUGGGAGGAGUGGGUCCCAACGAGCCUCCUCUAGGGGAGUGGUCUGUCACCCUCGUCCGUCACUCUGCUCUGCUCCCAGACCCCUCCCCUCGUGCCUCCUCCGGUGCUGCCGGUGGUGCUGGCGCUACCUCUAGCAGCAGCAGCAAUAGCGUGUCAGGGGGGGGAUUGCAAGGCGGGUUGGGUGUGGAGCGGAGUGGCUCAGCUCGCCAGUUUGCCGUGACUCGGCACUACUUUGUGGAACGUAACCCAGUCACUUAUGAGGCCACAUACAUGCGGCAGCUCUCAACAGUGUCUGCGCUGGUGCGAUGGGUGGAGGAGCCUCAGCUGCUGGCUCUAGAGUUCGUUGAUGGCGCACCAAUCUUGGUGUACCGUUGUGCAGCGCGUGAAUCUCUCCUGUCCGCCCUCAAAGAUGCCAUUGAAACCGAGGGUCUAUUUGGCGACGUAGAGGGGGAUCAGCUCUUAGUGAAGCACCUCGCUGCAGCAGCUAAGGAUGCAGUUGCUGAUGGGGGAACCAUUCCUGGGUCGAAAACUAGGCUGUGGAGGAGAGUCAGGGAGUUCAAUGCCUGUGUGCCUUACUCAGGGCUUUCGGCAGGGGUUGAUGUUCCGGAUGUGGUGGUGAUGGCUGUGCUUAGCAUGCUGCCCAGUCCGCCCGCUCCUCCUCCUGGGGGUAACGAGGCUGCUUAUAGCGAAGCAGGUGCUUAUAGUGCGGCCGCGAUUCUCCCUGCGCCUUCCCCGAGGGCUGCUGGGACGCACAUUGGGCUGCUGGCGUGUCUGCGGCGCCUGGUGGGGGCAAGUGGCGCGUUCUCAUUGGUGGUGGGGAUGCCGGGAGCAGUGGGGAGGAUUAUGGGGCUGGUGCGGAGUGGGUCAGAGGCGGUAGCUGCUGAAGCACUCGGUCUGCUGCGAGCCAUCAUAGCACUGCCAGUCUCUCUGCGGAGUACAGCCAGCCAGGUUGGAGCAACCAGUCAGGGCACAGCAGCUGCCAACACAGCCGUCUCCAAGGCCAUGGCUGCUCGUGCUGCUGCGAAAGUUGCUUUCUUCCCCACACCGGUCCAGGUGGCAGCGGUGGUGAAUCGCCUGAAGCCACGGUCCGUCUCACCACUGCUGUCAGCCGCAGCAGUGGCGGUGGUGGAAGCAUUGGUGUGCUCGCCUGACAGCGACACCACACAGGACGCAACCUUCCAUGAGACUCUGCGUCAGGUGGCGAAUCUGAAGCGCCGCCUGUUCUCCCUCUUCGCGCACCCAGCCGAGGGCACGCGGGAGGCAGUGGCAGUCAUCAUGUGCACCAUCGCAGAAGAAGACGAGGCCGCCGCCUGGCCCAUGCGCGACGCCGCGCUAAAAGACGGCGCUUUCCUCCGACACCUGAGCAACAGCGUUGCAGCAGCUGGGGGAGAGAGGAGAGAGCUGAGCCGGCAGCUGAUUGCACUAUGGGCCGAGGGGCAUGAACCGAGUUUGGAUCUUAUCCGCAGGUGCUUCCCUCCUGGUCUUUGUGCGCAUCUGUACUCGUAUCGCGACACGUCAGCAGUGCCAGGUCAGCAGCAGACCGGGAGGAAGGGCAGGAGGAGGGUAUCGGCAGCUGCUGCUGCUAUUGGCCGCAGAAGGCACGGGCUAGGGGGUGCAGGCGCUGCUGGGGGAUGGGGCAGUGGGGGGGAUAGCUUGGCGGGAAAUCUGGGAGCUGGUUUGGCAGGAGCAGGGGUCGCAGGAGAUGGGCAGUUCUCAGCAGCUGCAGCGGAUUUUCUGUCCCAGUCGACGCCUUUCCUGCCCUCCUCCCGUCCGCAAGACCUGUCCAUUUCGGACCUCUGGCCUGCCGGAGCUGCCUCAGCUUCGGCCCUAGCCAACUCCGUUAUAGGCUCGGUGUCCAGUUCGUUUCGGGUGCGGUACCGGUCGUUGGCCUGUGAGCUGUGUGUGGGGGGGUAUUACCUGCGCCUCUUCCUCCACCCAUCUGCCCUUGACAGUACACCAGACGCCACCACUGCUGCUGCUGGUGCUGGUGACAGCACUGCGGAUUCGCCUACUGGUAGUGCAGGGGAGGCAGGGGCAGCGGCAGUGGGGUCCAUUCGGGACCCUGCAGCGUUCUUCCGGUCGCUGUACCAUCGGUUCUUGAGGGAGGCGGAUAUGGGGCUCGUGGUGGAUGGGCUGGAUGCCUCUCAGGACCGUGCCAGAGGUGCCUUAAGGAGCUCGUCUCUCUUCUUCCGAUCGCUGUACCAUCGGUUCUUGAGGGAGGCGGAUAUGGGGCUCGUGGUGGAUGGGGUGGAUGCCUCUCACGACCGUGCCAGGUGCGUUCAGAGGUUGGCGCCUCAAGGCUUGCCUCAUGUCUUCCAGUCGCUGUACCACCGGUUCUUGAGGGUGGCGGAUAUGGGGCUCGUGGUGGACGGGGUGGAUGCGUCACACGAUCGUGCAAGGCUGAGUGAAUGGUGCGACCCCACAGGCGAGGACUGCUUCGGGGGAGCCCAGCUGCAGCAGCCCGCUGCCUCAGCAGGGGAUGACGCAGCAGUGGAUGGUGGAGCUGGCAAGGGAGAGGGGCAGGGAGGGCAGGGCGGGAAGGGAGGAAAGGGAGGGAAGGGAGGGGGGGCGGGGAGCAACGCGGUGCGGGAGCUGUGUGCGCGGGCGAUGGCGAUAGUGUACGGGCAGUACGGGGCGGUGAUAGGGCCAUUUGACGGCACGGCGCACGUCACGCUGUUGUUGGAUCGCACACUGGAUAGGACCCUUCGGCACCGCCUGCUGCUGCUGCUCAAGGCGCUGGUGCGAGUGAGGGAGAAUGCGAGUGCGUGUGUGGCGGUGGGCGGGUGUGAGCUGGCAGUCGACCUUCUCUGCUCCGCACAUGACGCUCACGAGCGCACCUCCAUCCCCCUUCAGUCGAACCUGCUGGCAGCAGCAGCGUACACAGAACCCCCCAAGGAGUGGUUCUACAUGCUGCCCAACGGGGGCCGCGUGGGUCCCGUGCUCAAGGCGGCAGUGCAGCAGGCGCGGUGGCGGGGGGAGGUGGACUGGAGCACCCGCUGCUGGGCCGCCGGGUGGGACGAGUGGCGCCGCGUGUGUGACGUGCGGGAGCUGCGCUGGGCCAUGGCCACUGGCACUGCUAUUCUCACACCUGCCCAGGGCUUGUUUGUGAGGUGUUCUGGGGCAGCAGAUGCUGGGCCACUGGGUUGGGGUGCAUGGCGCCGCGUGUGUGACGUGCGCGAGCUGCGGUGGGCCAUGGCCACCGGCGUUGCCAUCCUCACACCUGCCCAGUCUGUUUGGGGGGGUAUGGAGCGGGAGAGAGGGGGAGGCGAUGUGCUGGUGCCCAUGCCGAGGGUCAAGAGAGCUCUCUGUGACCCCAGAUGCCUGCCGCACAUUGCUCAGGCCAUUCUCACCAACGAGCCUGCUAUCGUGGAGAAAGCCGCGCUGCUAUUGGAGGAGAUCGUGCGCUACAAUCCAACGGUUGCCACCCGCCUGUACACCACAGGGGUUUACUUCUUUGCGUUUGCCUACGCUGGCUCCAACUUUGGCACGAUUGCUUCACUCUGCCAUGCCACACACACACGGCAAGCGUAUGUGAGUGGAAUAGAGGCAGCAGACAUGGCAUCACAGCCGCUGGCCAAGCGCAGCAUCCUGGGAGUGCUGUUGCCAGAAAGCCUGCUCUACGUGCUCGAUAGGCGCGGAGCUGCAGCGUUUGCCGCUGCUGUGGUGGCGGACUCUGAUUCGCCGGAGCUCAUUUGGACGCAUGCCAUGCGGGGCUCUGUGCUCAUCCCACAGAUUCUCUCCCACCUGGGCAAUUUCCCCCAGCGCCUGUGCCAGUUCUCACGAGCUCUCUACGACCACACGCCCAUGCCGCCCAUCUCGUACCCUGAGCUCAAGGACGAGAUGUGGUGCCACCGCUACUACCUCCGCAACUUGUGCGACGAGAUCCGCUUCCCUGAUUGGCCCAUCGUGGAGCACGCGGAGUUCCUCCAGUCGCUGCUCGCCAUGUGGCGCGAGGAGCUUGCGAGGAAGCCCAUGGGGAUCUCGGAUGAGGAAGCAUGUGCCAUUCUCGAGAUUCCCACUGACAAGCAGCAGCCAGCCUCCACCACCUCAGGCACGGCCUUCCCCACUACAAGACAAGGCGUGCAAGUGGACGAGGACGUGCUGAAGCGGCAGUACCGGCGCAUGGCAGUGAGAUACCACCCGGACAAGAACCCCGAGGGGCGGGACAAAUUCAUAGCGGUGCAGAAGGCAUACGAGCACCUGCAGUCUGCCAUGCAGGGCCUGCAGGGGCCUCAGACCUGGCGCGUGCUGCUGCUGCUGCGCGCGCAGGUUAUUCUGUUUAGGAGGUAUCCGGGGGUUCUGGAGCCGUUUAAGUAUGCUGGGUUCCCGCUGCUGCUGCAGCUGCUAAGAUUGGAGGAUGGGGAUGGCGAGGCAGGUGCAGGGAAUACAGGGGAUGCUGCUGGUGGUGCUGUUGGUGCGGAGGAUGGUGGGAAGGCGAGGCGGCAGCAGGAGAGCCCGUCUAGCUUUCUGUCGCCGGAGCGGUCGGAGUUACUGCAAGCGGCAACGCAUCUGCUGUGGCUCAUCUGUGCCUGUUCGUCCCUGAACGGCGAAGAGCUCUUGCGAGACGGCGGCCUGCCUCUCCUCACCACGCUGCUCUCCCGCUGCCUCUCCCUGCUCUCCCCGUCCUCCUCCCCCACCGACCCCCCUGCCCUCAUCGCGACGCACAUCCUCCGCACGCUCGCCAUUCUCUCCGCCUUCCCCUCCGCCCGCACCGAGGUUCGGACCAACCAAGCCUGUGCGGCAGCCUUGGUGCCGGACCUGGUGGUGGCGACGGAGCUAGAGAGCACGCCCGGGGCUGUGGAGGCAGCAUUGGAAGGGAUUUUCCACCUGGCGCUGUCUAAGGGGCUGAGAGAGAGGCUGUUAAGGGCAGGAGCUCUGUGGUACCUGCUUCCGUUGCUGUUUAAGUUCGACGCUACUGCGGAUACCACUGAUGCGGCAGCACGGGCGGCUGUUAAGGUGCUGCUCACGCCGCGGCUGGCUGCUAGGCUGGCAGAAAACUCACCUGUGGGACUUCUCAAAGCACUCACUAGCAAUGUGGAGAGCCCACAGGUGAUAUGGAGCAGUGGCAUGAGGGCACAGCUGCUGCGGUUUCUGGAGGAUAGGAGGGCGCAGAGGGAGGCAGAUGGGUCGUAUGCGGUGGAUGCAUGCCAGACGUUUGUGUACACCGCACUGGAGGACGAGAUCCAGGUGGGAGACAUCUACCUGCGUCUGUUCAUCCAGCAUCCGGACUUCCCUCUCUCAGACCCCGAGUCACUCUCCGCUGCCCUCGUGCCUUUCCUCCUCGACAUGUGCGCGCUGCUCCCGCCCCUGCACCACUCCCAAACGCACCACACGCCUCUGCAUCCUGCUGCCGCCCUGCUGCUGCGCAAGUGGGACCGGCGGGGCGACUCAAGAGUUUUCCUCCUCGCCCUCCUGCUCCCCGCCCCUGGUAUAAAACCCGCAACUCUUUCCUUCACGCACCUCGUCUCUGGGCACUCCACAUGUCUCGUUUGCUAUCCUUUCCUCACUGCCUUCUUUGCGCCACUCACAGCUUCACUUCACUCUUCCUGCCCAUACUCCCCCUUAAGCAUGUAUGCCCAACCGCACUCAUUUUUUUCCCUUCUCCCCUACCAUGCAGGAGACGACAUACCCCACCCUAUCCGCGUCACCACGGCCCUCCUCCUCUCCGCGCUCCUCUCACAGCCCCUGCACGGCCCGCGGGUCUUCCUCUCCCUCUCCCGCUUCCUCCCCCAAGGCCUCCUCUCCUUCCUGCGGGACGGCUCAGGGGAAGCCGCCAUUUCUGCUCUCUCCCAGACCACGCAAACCCCCGAGCUCGUCUGGUCCCCGGCCCUCGCGCUUAAUCUCGGCCGUCGGAUCGCGGUGCUGGCUGCUGAGGUCGUACGGAUGGUGGAGAUUGCACGGAGGUCUGGUGGUGGGGGCAAGGGAGGAGGAGAAACCGGUGCUUCCGUUUUUGGAAACCUUGCUUCUUUUGAAUGGGAUCCCCCUGAUCUAGUGGGAGCUACUGGUGGGGCCAGUUCAGGUGUUGCAUCAGGUGCUGGUUCAGGUGCUCCAGGCGCAGCAUCAGGCGCAUCAGACAAAACUCUGUUGAAUUCACCUGAAGAAGGGGACGAGUGGCAGGUGGGCGGCGUGUACAUUCGUCUGUUCCUCAAGGACCCCAAGUACCCGCUGCGCAACCCCAAGCGCUUUCUCGAGGGCCUUCUCGACCAAUACGGGCAGACGCGGAGGAGGCAGGCAGGGGAGAGGGCGCGCAUGUGCUCGUUGAAGAUUCUUCACCCGAUUGCUGCCAAUGACCCCUGUGCUGAGGCUCUGGCUCUCCCCGGCACCAACGCCCCCCAGGCGCCCCCCUGGAUUAUCCCCUCUGGAUCAAGGCGCGCUCCCGGAUUAAGGUUCACCCCCGGAUUAAGGUUCGCCCCCGGAUUAAGGUUCGCCCCCGGAUUAAGGUUCGCCCCCGGAUUAAGGUUCGCCCCCGGAUUAAGGUUCGCCCCCGGAUUAAGGUUCGCCCCCGGAUUAAGGUUCGCCCCCGGAUUAAGGUUCGCCCCCGGAUUAAGGUUCGCCCCCGGAUUAAGGUUCGCCCCCGGAUUAAGGUUCGCCCCCGGAUUAAGGUUCGCCCCCGGAUUAAGGUUCGCCCCCGGAUUAAGGUUCGCCCCCGGAUUAAGGUUCGCCCCCGGAUUAAGGUUCGCCCCCGGAUUAAGGUUCGCCCCCGGAUUAAGGUUCGCCCCCGGAUUAAGGUUCGCCCCCGGAUUAAGGUUCGCCCCCGGAUUAAGGUUCGCCCCCGGAUUAAGGUUCGCCCCCGGAUUAAGGUUCGCCCCCGGAUUAAGGUUCGCCCCCGGAUUAAGGUUCGCCCCCGGAUUAAGGUUCGCCCCCGGAUUAAGGUUCGCCCCCGGAUUAAGGUUCGCCCCCGGAUUAAGGUUCGCCCCCGGAUUAAGGUUCGCCCCCGGAUUAAGGUUCGCCCCCGGAUUAAGGUUCGCCCCCGGAUUAAGGUUCGCCCCCGGAUUAAGGUUCGCCCCCGGAUUAAGGUUCGCCCCCGGAUUAAGGUUCGCCCCCGGAUUAAGGUUCGCCCCCGGAUUAAGGUUCGCCCCCGGAUUAAGGUUCGCCCCCGGAUUAAGGUUCGCCCCCGGAUUAAGGUUCACCCCCGGAUUAAGGUUCGCCCCCGGAUUAAGGUUCGCCCCCGGAUUAAGGUUCGCCCCCGGAUUAAGGUUCGCCCCCGGAUUAAGGUUCGCCCCCGGAUUAAGGUUCGCCCCCGGAUUAGGUUCGGCCCCGGAUAAGGUGAUAGCGCUGCUGAUGCGGGCGAUCGGGUGGGCGGGAGCGGCAGUGCUGGCUCUGGAAGCAAUGAAGAGGCUGCUGGCUCCAACCAACAGAUCCCGAGACGUCAUUGUUGCUCAGGCGCUCAGGAAUGGCCUGGUGCAGGUCCUGCUGGCGAUCCUUGACUGGCGGGCAGGUGGAAAAGCUUCGCUGGCUGCCCGGAUGCGGUGGAGCGAAUCAGAGGCAGCGGUGGGGCGAGUGCUGGCAGUGGAAAUUCUGAAGCUGCUGGGGGCAGAUGGGGCCUACUCCAUCCGGGUGCUCGAGAUCCUGAAUGGCUCUGAGGUGUGGAGGGCGUUCAAGGAUCAGAAGCACGACCUCUUUCUCCCCACCAACGUGCAGUCGUCUGGUGCCGUCCCCACCGGCUCUCAUCUCCCCCAUGCCUCGCACUCCUCUCCCUCGCUCCUGCCCCUCUCCUCCAUGCCCACACCCCUCUCUCCUGCCCAUCCUGUACCCACUCACUCUCAUCAAGCACGCACUCCCUUCACUCCCUCCCAACCUCCUACAACCGCACUUCAUCCCUCUCCUGCCCGAACAGUGCCUCACUCCACAUCUGCAACAGCUUUCUCACCCUCUUCUUCCUUCCCAGCCGCCGUCCCAACCACUGCAUCUCUCCCGAACCACUCCCAAGCCUUGGACCCGCUCUUAGGUUCGGCACUGGGGCUGGUGUCAGCAACAGGAGGUUCGGAUGCAGGUGUGGCUGGGAUGGCAGCUUCGGCAGUAACUCGCGCCUCUGUGGGAGAGGCAGCUGGGGCCGACACAAGAGCAACACCAGGGGCACGAUCUAGUGCUGCUGCGGCAGGGCCGGCUGUUGGUUUGACGUCACCUGCUGUAGUUUCGGCCUCGGAUUUUGAUCGAGUGGUGGAGGAGAAAAUGCUUGGAGGGGCCAUUGGUGGGGCUGCUGCCGUUCAGGUGAUUGGUCAGGUGGUUCAGGUGGCUGGGCAGGCUGGGCAACAGAAUGCUUCCAGUGAGGGGAAGGCAAGGGUAGAGGAUGAAGGGUUCUUGGUGCUUGGAAGGCAGGAGAAGGGGGGUAUGGAUGAUGGGAAUGAGGGUUAUGGGGGUGAAGAGGAAGAGGAGGCAUUAGCCCGCCGAACCAGGUCCUGCCACCGUUUCUCCUCGCCCCACGUCACUCUCUUCCUGAGACUUGUCGAAACCCUAAUUUCCCGCUCUGCCAAGUUUCCAUUCCGUCAGUCGUCUUGUCAUUCUUCUAGCCCCUCUCGUUCCGAGCUUUCCGUCGGCAUGGCUUCCGCGCUUAGGGCGUCGCUGGCGCCGGCGGGGCUCGGCGCGGCUGCGCUCUCCGCGUCUCCGCUCGGCGGGAGAAAGGAGCACCUCGGCGCGUCUCUCCCCGCGUCCGCCGCCGGGUCUCACGGCAGAGUGACUAUGGCGUUGCGCGCUCGCCGCGACCCGCGGCUGAUCGCGCCGGUAAACGACAAAUUCCUCCCGUGGCUGGCGGAAGUCGCUCGGUCCGACGAGGGGCGCGCGCAGAUGGCCGACGCGGCGAGCGGGCGGUUCGACGGGCCGCCGCUGCUGGACCUCGCCGCGGCGAAAAUGGCGGCGACGCAAAUGGCGGCGCCCGCGCAAGUGGAGCGCGGCGGAGGGUACGGCGAGCACCGACCGCGACGGCCGCCGCCCGAUCUCCCGUCGCUGCUGCUGAACAGCCGAAUCGUGUACAUCGGCAUGCCGCUCGUCCCAGCAGUGACAGAGCUGGUGAUAGCGCAGCUGCUGUACCUGCAGUGGCUGGACCCUCGUCAGCCCACCUACGUGUACCUCAACUCCACCGGCACCUCCCGCGCUGAUGGCGAAACGGUGGGCAUGGAGACAGAGGGGUUCGCCAUCUACGACACCAUGAUGCAGAUGAAGAACGAGAUGCAAACAGUGGGCGUGGGGGCGGCCAUAGGGCAGGCGUGCAUGCUGCUGGCGGCGGGGGAGAAGGGGCGCCGCUUCAUGCUACCGCACGCCACCGCCAUGAUCCAGCAGCCGCGCCUGCCCUCCACUGGACAGAUGUCAGCCAUCGAUGUGCACAUCCGCGCCAAGGAGGUGGUUAACAACAGAGACACGCUUGUCAAGCUUCUGGCCCGUCACACAGGCAAUUCAUUUGAGAAGAUAGCCAAGACCAUGGAGCGCCCAUACUACAUGAACCCACAGAGGGCCCUUGAGUUUGGAGUGAUCGACAAGAUCCUGUGGCGAGGCCAGGAGGCAAUGGCAAAGACACUGUCAGCGGAGGAGUGGGACAAGGGGGCGGGCAUUCGCAUGAUGGAGAAGCCUGCUGUCACCUUUUGA